AUGGGGAUUAAAGGACUGUGGUCGGAGGUGCGGCCGCUCUGCCGACAGUCCCACCUGUCGAACUUCCGUGGUCAGCGUGUCGCUGUCGACAUGUACGUCUGGCUUCACCGCGGGAUUCUCGGCAGCAUUCAGCUGAGCGGUGAGGAGGAAGCGCAGGCGUUCAUGGAGUCCGCGGAGGCUUCAUUGGGUGCCGGCGGCGCGGAGGGGUUGGUUCGCCUCAACGCGAAGUUCCUACAGUUUGUGGUGAAUCGCGUCGAGCUUCUCUUGCGGUGUGGCAUCCACCCCGUGCUUGUUUUUGACGGUGCCCCGAUCCCAAUGAAGAGUGGCACUGAAGAGGAGCGGCAGAUGACGCGGGCCGCGCGUCUCGCAGCGGCGGUGCGUGUGCUGAAGGAUGGAUCUGCUGCGAAUCCCCGCAUCCGACAGGAGGCGGCGCAGUUGCUGGAGAAGGGCGUGGACAUCACAACAGAGCUGGCACAUGCAGUGAUCCAGGUGCUCCAGGAACGCCGGCUGGAGUGUAUCGUCGCCCCGUACGAGGCCGACGCUCAACUCGCGUACAUGUGCAAGGAGGGCUACGUGCAGGCUGUCAUCUCAGAGGACAGCGACCUCAUUGCGUACCAUUGCCCGUGCCAAAUCGCCAAGCUAGAUGCGCACGGAAACUGUGAGGUGUUCCUCGCGCAGGAUCUGAAACGGUGCCCGAGUUUUAGCGGAUUGUCUUAUGAGUCCUUUUUAGUUGGUUGCAUUCUCAGCGGGUGUGACUACCUGCCGAGUCUGCGUCACAUUGGUGUAAAGAAGGCGUUUCGCUUAGUUGCCCAAGCCACAUCGGUCCCGAGCCUUAUGCAUGCGCUCGAGGUUAAGUUCGGCUUCUCCAAGGAGGAGCUGCGGGAGUAUGAGUCUAAGCUGCAGCAGGCGUUCUACUGUUUUGCGCACCAUUUUGUAUUCGACCCUGUGCGCAAGGAGGUGGCGCACUUGACGCCGCUUCCAGCAGGAAUUCCGCUCAAGGCGAACCUGCUUGGGAAAGGGCUGCCGAGGGACAUCGCGGAGAAGGUGUGUGGUGAGUGCCUGUACGAUCCUGUGACGUUGGCACUCUACCGAGGCACCUACCAGUACUGCGUGCAGGAGUACUGGAGGGUUACGAAGGGCGGACAGACAUCACUGAAUGCCUUUGGCGGAUUUCAGGACAUUCAGUCACCGCGGGUGACACUCCCGCUGGCUGCACGCGGCGAAAAUGCAAUACAGCGACGUGCCUCGCCGAGGACGACGCUCUUUUCGUCCCCGCUGCUGAAAGUACGCGAGGCGUCAGGGUUCUGCACGAACACGCUCCAUACACCAGCGGUGGUGCGCUCCAAGUACUUCACACAGAGCCGUUGGAAGGUGGAGGACUGGGAAAGCGAUGGCAGCGAGAACACUCCCACCGCUGGCACACCCGGCGAGCCUGAAAGCACGGCUCCUACUACUACUACUACUACUACUGCGUCUUCUUCUUCUUCUGGUGCUACCGCAGCUGCUACGUCCACAGUGGAUGCGACACCCCCUUGUGCAUUCCCUGGCAUACGCUUCACAAUGAGUGAGUCUUUGGCGUCGUCGGCGCUGACAACACCGUCCACGGCGAAUGUGAAGGCGGCAGACGCGCUUGACGGGGCUGAAAUGGUGGAGGAGAUGGAGGGGCAAUCGCAAAAAAAUAAAGAUACCUCUGGCCAUCGUUUUUCUUUUGAAGAGGCAGUGCUGACCUCACCAUCGGACACCGGUAUGGAAGUGAGGGGGAGGCGGCGAGGGGCAACCGCGCCUGAUGCUGACAGCAGCGAGUGCCAGGGGGAGAGGAGUGGCCGUUGCCCAUUCGGCUACGCACAGUGCGGGCGGCGGCACUCCAUCUUUGAGCAGUGCUUCCAGGGAAAGAACUGGUCGAGGGAUGCCAGCUACUGCAGUAAGGGGGAGAGCUUUGACGGCAACAGUAGUAAAGAUGACGUGUGUCUUCCUCCCACACCCACAGAGGCCGGCACAAAGCGUCACCGCGAGGCGUUACCGCCGCCACUGUUUCGUCCCACAUUUAAGCCCCCGGCGUCCACUGAAGGAAGGCCUACGGACGCCCCGUUGUGUGAGGGUGCAACAUCCCCGACUCGUAAGGGAGCAAUGAAGACAUCCACUGCUCAGGCUCUUCAAUUGAUGAAUCGCCUGACGGGUGGAAGAUCCGGCGCCGCCGUGGCAGCAUUGCAGGCCGGUGAAGGCACUGGUGGCACCAAAGCUGCGUCGGAGCUCUUUGAGAAGUUGGCAUUUUCGCGGUGA